AUGCCAUCGGUGCCGUGCGAUGCUUGCGCACUCCGACGCGUCAAGUGCGAUGGGAACAAUCCGUGCUGGAUUUGCAUCAAAAACGGCCAGCAAUGCACCUUCUUGAAAGUCCGCAGGCGCCGUGGGCCUAAGGGUCCUCGGAAGUCAACCAAAAUCAAAUUGGAGCAGCUCCAAGCACAGCUGUCAUUGCCACGGGCCAACACUCUCGAUCAGAAACCGAUUUCACUAGGGAUCUACUUCACGUAUCUCGAUAUCUACAAGGACUCGCUAUACACUACCUGGCCGAUUGUGUCAAUCGAUUCGCUGAAGGCACGACUGAACGACCGUCAGACCAUUGACUAUGAAUCCUACGCGCUAGCCGCAGCCCUAAGUGCGGCAACAAUUGUGCAGUUGAAGCUCACACGCAGUGAGGCCAUGACCAAGAAAGCCCUUAUUAUGGAAGGAGAGGACUUCGUUAAGGAGUGCCUACGGCAUCGCAACCAGUGCAAUUACCAAAACUCCAUCAAUAUCAACUUACUGCUCACAUCCCUUUUCCUACACAUGUACUACGCCAACACGGGGCAAAUGAAUGCAGCGACAUUUGCUCUGCGUGAGACCAUCACCUACGCCGACCUUCUGCGUCUGGGAGACCCAUUCACAUUGCAAUUUGUGUAUAGGGAUGAAAGAGAGUUGCGACUUCGAGUUUUUUGGGUGCUUUUUGUUACAAAACGAACGUUCUGUAUACAACAUCGUAUUCCUAUGACCAUGCAGAAGAUCAACGAAUUCCCGACCUUUCUCGAUGCCCACGAUAUCAAUCCACAUUCCGUUGGCGGAUUCUGCGAGCUCAUUCGCUUGUUCACUUACGUUGAAACUGGGUUGGUGCAAUCCAUGCCCAUCGAACAAGCGCCAUCCUCAUCCUCCUAUAGCAAAAAGGAACUGCAGAGCAUCUCAACCGACCUUGACUCUCGCACCCAUCACCUGAACUCACUGGGAGACUUGCAGAUUACCGAUAUCGAAACCACGCGAGCUUGGCUGAGAUCACUUUUGUGGCAGCACGCUGCGUCGCGAUUCAUGCUUGAAUCCGACGCUAAAAAUGUACAGUUUACACCAGAGUAUCCGUUUCAUCUCGCGAGGGAUUUGCUAUCGUUUCUGUCCAAGGUUCAAUCGAGCUCAAUCCGUGCCCAUGCUUAUUCCAUGGAGGUAAAACUUUCCCAGGUUGCACAUUCCCUUCUUGACACCAUCGCCGUCGUCCCGUCGAUAGGACAAAUGCGAGGUCAGCAGUACGGACCGGAGCAUGUUGUCAUUGCGCUUGAACAAUUGCUAGGCUUGACGGCGAGCGGCAAGUCAGAACAUCUUUCUCUUUUGCGCUCUCGCAUGGUCGAACUUGAGGUUUGGGGUCCCUCGCGGUUGUGCCUUACCCUUCCAACCCAUCCACAGAUUGAAUCUGAGGUAGAUGACGAACACGAGUCAGGAUCUGUUCUUGGUGCGGGGUUAGAGGAAGAGAUCAAUGCAUGGGUACUAAAUGCUCCGUGCGGAGUCGAGAAAUAG